AUGCGCUUCUUGUCCUCUUCGGCUAUCGCGCUCGCGCUGGUCAUGAGCUCCACGCUCGGGCGCCCAGUCAUAAUCAAAGAUGCGGGCGACAGCUCACCAGAGCGUGUUUCAUCUCCAGGCGGGUCGCCGAAGCACACAUUCAGUGAAGACGUGCUUCUUUGGCAUGACCAGCUGAAAAAGGACCUUCCACCAGGCCAGGAGCCGGACCUCGACCACGAAUUAAGAGGGGGCCCUGAAGCGCUCAACCAAAAGCUCGCUUUGGCGCGCUGGAAAGACAAGUACGAAAAGGCAGCGCCUGGCUACGAAAGGGGCUCGAUGAUAGCCAAUUUACUCAGCGAUUAUGACAGUGAGUGAGCGAGCAAGCAAAGAGAGCCUUGAAGCGCAGCACCAGCGCAACGUAUCGCCUCACAACACACAGUUUGAGAGAGAGUUGACAUUGGCCUCGAUCCGACUUGUAGAGCAACGUGGUAAGAAGCCACUUGAGUUCAGAGGCACGCGGGAAAACCCGGAGUGGCAUAUGCCCAAAUCCCCAAAACGCGUCGACCCGCCGCCGUUCCUGGACAGCGACGGUCGCCCAAUAUCAACAUCGUCGCCUAAGUCCAGCCUCAAAAUGACCCGCCAGGAGCGAUACUUCAUGGCAAGGUCUGGUAAAAACCCACCACCACCACUUUCUCCUGUAUCACAAUACCUAGCGGACCAUUAUCGUCACAAGUUACCGGCAGUUUCGCAAAAUCCAAGCUCAACGCAUGCCUUAGAGCCCAAGCCACUCUCCGGCCCUUCGCAACCCGCCUCUACCACCAAGAAACCAGGCUUCUUCACGAGGGUCAAGAACACGUUCCGCGGCAGGACUAGUGGCUCUAGCUCGACUUCUGCGGCUAGCAACGCGCACACUUCUGACAUGUCGCAUCUUGCCGAUGACGCGACGAGCGCGCUCAAAAAGCUGCCCGGGCAUUUCUGA